AUGACGACCUCGCCCCUGGCCACCUCGUCCGCGCACUUGACCCUCACUCGGCCCAACGGCGACACCGUCACCGUCGGCGAGCUCACCGAGGGCAAGACCGUCAUGGUGUUCCUGCGGCACCUCGGCUGCCCGUUCUGCUGGGAGUUCGCCAAGACCGUGCUCACCAUCCGCCCGCAGCUCGCCGAGCGCGGCUACACCCUGGCGCUCGUGUCCAUCGGGGACGCGGACGGCGCGGUCAAGUUCUGCGAGAAGCUCCCCUGCGACGAGGACGUCCUGCUCGUGGACGAGAGCAUGCGCGUGUACGAGGCGCUCGGCCUCACGCGGGGCGUCCGCAGCACCUUCUUGUCGCCCAAGACCGGGCAGGCGCUCGCGAAGCGGGGCACGCAGGGGCUGCGGGAAGCGACCGCCGGGUACACGCCGAUCGCGCCCAAAUCGGCGCAGGUCACGCUGCAGCAGGGGGGCGCGUUUGUGUUCGAUGGCAUCCGGGUGCUGUACGGGUGGCGGGACGAGGCCACGGGGGACCACGUGAAGCUCUCGGACCUGCUCGACACGUGCGUCGGGGACGUGGACGGCGUCAGCGUCGUGCUCGCCAAGGGCAGCGGCGGCAACGCGUGA